AUGGCAGAUGACAGCGGCUUACCUCAGCAGAUUGAGAGUGUGGAGAGGAGUAUAGUGUUUCUCAGACAGGAGCACCUGACUAUGUUGCAUGGCCUUCGCAUGGAGCUUCUGUCCUUGCACAAACGUUGCACAGCGUUGACAACUGAGUUAAAGCUGAAGCUCCAAGAAGAAACUCGAUCAGAUUUACACGAUGAAGAGGUGCUCCUAGAGCUGCGUUGUAGUGACAUGGAGAAAUGCCUACAUGAGGAGGAUUGUUAUAUUGGAGAGCUCCGCACAGAACUGGGUCUAAAGGGCUCCUUGGUAGGGGCUCUCAGAGCUAACCUCAAAGAAAAGGAGCGCAGUUUUUUAGAAGAGCUCAAACGUCGUAGCCACUUUUCCACUCUUCUUAAUACAGAGCUACAGAAGCAAGCGGAAGCAGCAGCAUAUCUCUCCUUCCAACUGCAUGCGGCCAGGCAAAAACUGCAUCACCAGCGACUGCGGCAGAGGCAAAAACUCAGUGUCCACAGUCAGGGUGCUCAUUAUGAACCAGGUCAGAACUUUCUUUUACCACAGAUGCCAUCUGAAGCUGUAUCUCCUGUGGUCAAGCCCAAGCGGAAGAACGCAAAAAUGUCCCAGAGAGUCCAGUGGACAAGAGAGUGUGUGCCGAUGGAGAAAGUCCUGGGGCCAGCCGAGCCUACAGCAAUGCCUGACCCUGCUCUCUUCCUUAACCCGCGGUGGCACAGAGCUCGACAAAGGGACCCUGGUACACUGCCACCACUUCCAUUGGGACGCGAGAAGGAGAAUCUCAUGGGAAAUUAUGUGGAGGAGACUACACCUUCCCAGAAGCCUGCAUCUUCAGCUGCCGUGCCUCCUGCUGCAGAGACUAACACAGAUUAG